AUGUUGGAAAAGACGCCCGAGCUCUUGCACCAGCAAGGCACCUCCGUGCCGCCCCCCUACGAGGCGCACAGCAUCGCACCAGGCAGCAGCGUCCCGCGCACCGCAGACGCCCGAGACAUGUUCGAGGAAGACGCCGGCGCCACCUCCCCGAGCAGCAGCGACGAGGCAGAGGACCAGCCCCCAGCCUACAGCGACUCCGUGCCCUCCUCCGCCGCGGCAACCGACACCAAACAGCAACAGCGCCAAGCACUCCCCGCCACCGCACCGGCCCCCAACUUCGCCCCCACGAUCCAGCUCCAGAUCCAGACCCCGGGAAAGGCAUGGCUCUCCUGGCCCUCGCCGACCCCGCCGGACCCGGUGCCCGUCUUCGCCGUCUCCCCCCCUCCUCGUCACGCCGGAGCCACGGGCCUCCUGCUCCCUCUCCCUCUCCCUCCCGACGACGACGACGUCGGCACCCCGUCCCAGACCCCGUCCUUCGUCUCCAUCCGGCCCGAGCGCCGCUCCGGCUCGUGCAGCCUGUACCUGGGCGGCGACCUCGGCGGCGAAGCGGGGCCGGAGACCUCGCGCGCCCGGCCCGUGAGCAGCACGACCUACCGCUUCGGCCACGGGCGGCCGCCGCGCGUCCGGCUCGUCCUGCCUCCCGGCCUGGCCGCCACCACCACCACCACCGGAGAAGAAGAAGGGGACGGCGAAGAGGAGGAGUGGGACUCGUUCGAGGUCCGCUCGUCGGGCCUGCUCACGCGGGCGGCGCAGUUCCGCACGCGCCGCCUCGGCGACUUCGAGUGGCGGUACGGCAGCAGGAAGGAGCGCCGGGCGGCCGGCGCGGACGACCUGCUCGUGCUCGAGCGGCUCGUCGCCGCCACGGGCAGCAGCAGCAGCGGCAGCAGCGCCGCCACGUCGAGAAGGGCGGUGGCCCAGCUCGUGCGCAGCGGCGAGCACCGCGACCCGGGCAGCGGCCGGAGCUCGGCGGGCAACGGCGGCCGGCUGCAGGUCGACCUGUCCCCGUGGGAGAAGCGCCACCGCGACAUGGCGCUCGUGGCGGCCGUGACGACGUGCCUGGUCAUGCUCAAGCGGGAGGUGGACCGGCGGCGGGAGCAGCAGAUCGCCGUCAUCGCGUCCGGGGCUCUGUAG